CCAGAAUGUUCUCCAGGCUGCGCAGACUAUCAGACUAUACCCACAGCAGAGCUCCAGCCCUCUUAGCAUCUUCAUGGCAUCUCUGGACCCACUGCAACAGCUCCACAUCUUGUGCUGAGGUCCCCAGAUCUGAAUGUGCUGCUCCAGUUGGGGUAGAACCUCCUGCCUCCUGCAAGGAGACACCACCAGUCCAGCACAGCAUUGCACAGACAGGGCUCUUGCCUAUCAGUAUCAGCACCUUUUGCAGUAUGACACCAUUUCUGACAGAAUUUGGACUGCUGAUGCUCUUCCUACACAGUUCUGAUGCUCCCAUCCCACCCACAGCUUCCUGCACCUCCACUCAUCUGGAAGCAGCUCAGCGAGGUCACAGCACUGUUUCCGAAAAGCAGCUUCUGCAAGCCACUGACAUCACAUCACAGAGGUGUCACCUGGUGUCACCUGGCACCGAGUGUGAGACAGAGACACUCCAGCCACUGUUCUGCACUUGCCARUGUAAAAGCCAGGCUCAGUUUCCAGCUGGGCACUCUGCCAAGGGCUCAGGUGAGCCACGGACACAAAGUGCUUCCYGACAGCCUUGCAGCUGGGCACCUCCUCGGCAUGGCUGGGAGGGUAAUGCAGCUUCCACAGGGCUGCUYGCAGUCCACAAAGGGCUAAGUGGCCUGGAAGGUCUCAAACCAUGUCUCCUUUGGGAAGGCCAUGGUCCCUGAGCCUCAUAUUCCUUUUGGRGAUGGGGAUGGCACCAGAGGGGAUCAACUGCCCGAGCAGGUGUAGCUGUCAGUACCUGGAGGUGAACUGCACCGGGCAGCAUUUGCAGGAGUUCCCUGUGGACAUCCCUCUGGACACCAGGCAGCUGAUUCUGGCAGCAAACAAUAUCUCAUAUCUGCCGGCAGUGGAAUUGAGCUUCCUGGCUGAUUUGGUCUAUCUGGACUGCAGAAAGAACCUCCUGGGGGAUGACCUGGAUUUCACUUUCAUUGGCGUGGCCAAACUUGUCUAUCUGGACCUCAGCUUCAACAACCUCACACAGGUCACCUUCARCACCUUCUCCCACCUCCUCAGCCUGGUGGUGCUGAAGAUCUCGGACAAUCCCAACCUUGUGGCCAUUGAGAAGGAUGCUUUCUCCAACAACACCUGGCUAAGGCACCUGGAUGUGAGCCGGACGGGCUUAACCUUCCUGGACACCAGCACCGUCCAGGACUUGCCCAACCUGAGGCUUCUGGGGCUCAGUGAGAAYCUGUGGCACUGCAACUGUUCCUUUCUGGACUUCAUCACCUGGAUGACGGACAGCAAUGUGCAUUUUCCAGAUGCUGACAACAUCACCUGCUACACCCCAGCAGGCCUGCAUGCCCUCAGGAUGCCAGCAGCAGAGGCAAAGCUCCACUUCAGCUGCCUGACCCAGCUGUCCAAGCAAGAUUAUGUCUUUCUGUGCCUCGUUGGUUUCUGCAUAUUUCUGGCUGGCACCAUGGCAGCCUGGCUGGCCGGCAUCUGUGCUGUCAUCUACCAAGUCCAUACCUCAAAGGGAGAAGAAGAGGAGGAGGAGGAGGAGGAGGAGGAGGAAGACACAGCCCCUUAGGAUCAGCCCUUCUGAACUCCCAUUGUGGGAACUCCCUUCCUGCCUGAUUUCACACAUGUUGUCCCACCCUAGUU